AUGUUGACAUUAAAGAAAUUGUUAUCUAACAAUUCUAUAAAUGUCGACAAAAAUAUAACAGCUUCAAAUAAAAAACUACAACAACCACAAGAAGUAUUAAUGAAAGAAAAAGAACUGGAGAAAGUAAAGGAAGAAAACCCGGAAAAUAUUGGGAGCAAUAAAAUUAAUGAUAGUUCAAAAGGUUCAAUAUCGAAAAUACAGGAGAAGUCAUCUAAUCAAGUCGAUGAACAAGGAUGGGUUAAAUUUCAAAGACUUAUAAGCAAAGAGACUCAAUUAAGUCAUCAAAUAGCUGAUGCAGAUGAAGAAGAAUUACAAAAAGAUAGAGAUGAGAUGCAAGAAAGGUUUUAUAAAGGCUAG